AUGGCAACUCUAACACCAGGAAUCGUACUCAAACUUCUUCAAUCCAUGAAUUCCCACACAAAAGUCACCGGCGACCACCGUUCACCGCUCCUUCAGGUUGUCGGAAUCGUGCCGGCCCUUUCCGCCGCCGAUUCUCUAUGGCCCCACCAUGGGUUUUACGUGCAGCUCUCCGACUCAAUUAACUCCACCUACGUGUCACUUUCGGACCGAGACACGGAACUUAUACUCACAAACCGGCUCCAGCUCGGCCAGUUUGUCCACCUCGACCGGUUUGUCUUCGAUUCCUCUCCGGUUCCGGUAGCCAUCAAUGUACGUCCCAUUGCCGGGCGCCAUCCUUUUAUUGGAACCCCUGAACUCUUAAUUGCUCGGAUUUCACCUUCCAGAAACGGGUUUGUUAUUCAGCCCGUAUCACAUUCCGAUCCUUCUGGGGAUCCCAUUGCAGCCUAUUUGUCGAGAACUGGGAAGAAGGAGGAGGAUUCGGGUUCAGUAAGUAGUGUUGCUGAUGGAAAGGGGGGUAAGAUUAGCAGGCAAGUGAGUGCUCCCAAAGAGAAUGUAAACGUGAAUGUGAAUUAUGCUGAUGAACAGGGUAGUAUCAGUAGAACGGAUUCAGAGCAUCGUUCGAAGAGGUUUUCGUCCCCAGGAGCAUUGAAGCAAAGAUCAAUGUCAGCCACGAAGAAAGCACAAGGGGCGGAGAGGGAUCCAUCGCCCUCUGGGAAAUCGUUGAAGAGGUCUGGUUCUCCUGUGCCUUCAAAGUGCGUGGUGCGGGGCCUUGUUGCUGCGAAGGAAGAAAACAGAAGGUCAUCAAGGGAAGCGGCCAUAAUUGUGCCUUCUAGGUACCGACAGCCAUCGCCCACCACUGGCAGGCGGCAGGCAAGUCCGGUGGUGGCUAGGCGGAUGUCGCUGUCCCCUGGCCGACUGUUGUCAAGUGGGAUUAAAGUCACACCAGCAGUGGACUCUUCUGAGAAGAAGAAGAAGAUGGCUACUAUUGCAGCUGGUAAUUCUAAAGUUGCAGAGGCCCUUGUGGGGCCUGCAAAACUGGGCAGGAAGAGCUGGGAUGAAGGACCGGCUCUGGCUGGCGGAGGUUCUUCUGAGCCGAAAGAAAAGGCUGGAACAAAGAAUAGACUGGAUUUUCAGGCUAUUUUGAGAACACAGGCUGCUAUAUCUAGGCGAUUAAGUGAUGCAAAUGAGCAACAAUUGUAUCACAGUUAUUCGGAUGAAAAACGAAAACCUAACGGGGCUGAGAAACCUCCUCUGCUUGAGAAUCCAAGCGAUUCAUCUCCAAUAAUCACUAUUCAUGAAAAGAAAUGGACUGAUGGAAGUAUUCCACUGGAUACGCUCUCUUCAGGCCUCACAUUGCUUGGGAAGGAAGCUAUGAAAAGGAGAUUAGUUGCUUCUGCAGCUGCAGCCGAAGCUUUAGAAGAGGCCAUUGCCACAGAGUCUAUUGUGAGGAGCCUAAGCAUGUUUUCAGAUCUCUGUAUGACAUCAAAGCCGGAAAAUCCUCUACCUACUAUUGAUCGAUUUAUGUCAAUUUAUGAAGAUGUUGUGAAAUCUACAGAAGUGGUUGAAUCAAUUGCCAUAAAUCAUAAUUCGGUAACUCGUCACAAUAUCCAAAACGAGCAAUCAAAACCAGCUGCCCUUUGGGUAGAAGCUGCUCUAGCUACCAAUCUUGAAGUCGUCUCCCUCUUGACUAGCCCAAAUUUCGAGACUUCAAUGAAAUUGGAAGAAACUACACAGAAACAAUCUGCCACUGCACCUGUCAAGAAUAAUACAAAAGUGAUUUCAUCAUCUUUUACUGGAAUAUGGACUCGAGGCAAUGGAAUGAAUGAGACUGUAGAACUUGCCAAGAAUUUGCAAUUGGAGAUGCAAAUGUGGUUUUUAAGGUUUGUCGAGGAGUCCCUAGAUGCUGGUUUUCAGGUGUUUGGAAAGAACAAUGCGAAGAAUCUUCAUGGUGGUCCAAUAGGAGCAAUUGUAUCACAGUUGAAGCGUGUAAAUGACUGGUUGGAUCGUGAAGUGUCUAAAAAGGACGAGCUGAUGAUGGGAAAGAUCGAGCCUCUAAAGCGAAAGAUCUAUAAUUUUCUUAUGCAACAUAUCGAGCAACGGUAA